CUCACUUUUUCAUAUAUUAUAUUUAACUGGAGAAACUUAGCGUCGUAUGUAUGUAACGUUAUGUAUGGAUGUAUGUAAGUAUGCAUGAAUAAGUUUCCUUCUAAGAAAGCAGUACUUUAUGAUUUUAAAUGCGACUGACCUUGCCUGUUCACAGAUAGCCAAAGCUAAUUCGAUGCUAACCUGUCUUCAGUGUUAGCUAGCUGGCUAAGCUAACUGUUUCUGCGAAUUCGCUGUUCGCCUCAUGUUACUCUCCCCUAAUUUGUUGGGUUCAUGAUGGAAGAUGAAGCAUUCACUGACAUUAAUGGCAAAAGCAUAUCUCUGGACUGCCAGUGUCACUCUAGCCUUUGCAGCGAGUUCAUUGUCAGCGUCCCCAAGGUGUCCAUCGGCAAGGUGAUGGUGUACACCUGCUGUGUUUGGCUUUUGGCGUACGCUGUGUUCUUCUUCACCGAGAACACAGCUGUUCUGACCAGUGCUAUAUUCAUCACCCUGGCCGGCAUGAUGUUUCACAUCCACUUUGUGAAGGUAGACCACGAGUCCCUGCUUGUCAUCGGCUCCUUGGGCGUACAGGUGUCCUCCAGCUACGCCUCAGGCCGUGAGACCACCACCUUCAUUGAGAUGGGCAAGAUCAAGGACAUUGUCAUCAAUGAAGCUAUUUACAUGCAUCAAAUCAUCUACUACCUUUGUGUGCUGUUGAAGGAGCCUUCAGAUCCAGACGCAGUGUCAAGUGUUGUGCCAUUGUUUCAGAGUUCGAAGCCAAGGCUGAACUGCUUAGUGAAAGUUUACAAAAGCUGUCAGGAGAUUAUUUCAAAGUGCUAAUGACACAAAAGCAAGCGCUGCCAUAAUGUAAACGCCAAUAUUAGUUUCACAAUGACUUUGUUAUUCUUUGUUGUGUAGUUACUUGAAUAAUAUGAAAAUAGCACUGAUGACUACUUCUUUAAACCUAAAGAGCCAAACCUUUUAACUGUAAAGAUAAACAUUCCCUUUUAGAGUUUAGCUUUUUUACUUAUUUAUGUAUUUUGAUUUCAAUUGACCUAAUAUUUUCGAUGUCUGUAUUUUACAAGCAUUCCCGCACUGUAUUUUAUAUACAAAAAAUACAUUUGUUGAUCAAAAUUAAUAUUGUUCCUUUUUAAGUAUUUGCCAUCACUUGUGGUUCAUGCUUGGGCUUUAUGUUUUUGAGGAGCUUUCCUUCCCCAGUAGGGGGCAGUACCACACUUAUCAAAACUUUGGAAAUCAGAAAAAUUAAUUAGUUCAGGCAAAAGUACUAACAAUGUACCA